GCAUAUAUUAAUUUAUUGUAUAAUUCACAUAUCAAAUUACGAUUUUAUAUCGGUAACAGAAGUAUACUAUAAUCUCGUAUAGAGUUUGACGAUUUUUUAAUUAGAAACAUACCUUUAUAAUAUAUUCAUAUACAUUUGCGGCGCAUGCGCGAAAAAUUCGGCUCGCUUUCCAACACUGGUAUAUAAGAGUUAUAAUACAGGUUAUAGAGUUCAUCGAGUUCAACGAUCAAUCUUAUUCAUUGAGGUUAUAACUAAAAUGUUUGGAAUAUAAUUCAAUUUGAUUAUAUGUAAUUUUUUUAUGUGGUUUAUACUAUAAACAUAAAAUCGCACAAGAUGAUCUUAUUAAGAAGCUUUAUAAACUUUAUUGUGCCUUUUCUAAUCUUAGUUACUAAUAUAACCAGUGAAGAGACUACAGAAGAAAUUGUAACACAAGCAAUUGUCAAAGAUGCUGAACAAGAAAGUGAACAAGUACAUACAAGUGAAGAAAAAGAUUCUGUAAAAAUAAAUGCUGAACUGGCAGUAAAUGCCACUAAUACGAUCUCAACUAACAAUAUUACAAAAAUUAAUUGUUCAUUAGAGAAGAUAUAUGGUCCUGUUGAGAUUGUUAAUGCAACAAGGCUUAUGGAAUUAUUAAUCUUAGAACCUGGUCCAUCUAAUCGUUCAAGAAAUGACAAAGAUGGCAAACAAUUACCAGGAACAUGUGUUUUAGUAUUAUUUUAUGCUAGAUGGUGCAUAUUCAGCAGUCAUGCUGCACCGCAUUUUAAUGCCAUACCACGCUCCUUUCCUCAUAUAAAAGCUGUAGCCAUUGAUGCUAUAAAACAUCAAAGCUUCAAUGCUCAAUAUGGAAUAGUUGGGGUACCAACAUUGAUGCUAGUUCACAAUGGCAAGCCUGUCGCCAAAUUCAAUGACACUGUUUAUACCCUGGAAUUGUUUGCUAAAUUUGUGUCUCAUCUAACAAAUCUGCAACCAAAUGGUUCAUUGUAUGUUACAUCGGCAGAUUUCAAGGGACCGGUAGCAAAUACACCUUCCAAUGAAGUGGACUAUUGUCUAGUGUUAUCAUGGAUCUUCAUAAUUGCUUGCGUGUUGUACUUUACGUCGCGCAGCAGAUGGUGGCAACAAUUUGUCGAGCUUAUUCAGAAUACUUGGCGUGAGAGUAAUGCACAGCACGAACAUGUCGAUUAAAUAUAAGAUUUUAUUACUAUUAAGUUAUCAAGUUAUUUAUUCAGGAACUUUGUAAAUAUGGUGUGUAUAUAAUACAAAUAUAUUUAUAUAGAGAGAAAGAGAAA